AGGUUUCAUUACGGUAGAUGACUGUUACACCGUACCAUAUCACGCUCUACCAUCGGGAAUGGAUAUCAGCAGCAGAGCAGCACCAUAGCACUGUCCGCCUACGGGUUGAGUAUCUACCGUGGUCACAUAAAAGCCGUCGCUAUCCCCCCUGCUACCGCCCAGACAACAGAGAAUCCAUCUGUGGAAUAAAAGUAUCCGGCAACAACCAUGAUCAUCAUAUUUGCCGUUUCUGUUCUCUCUCUUCUCACGCAGAGCAGUGCGACAUCUCUUAACAUCGAUCUUGCCGCCGAAGACUGCCUUACAAACAGAACAUACACGACCAGAUCGGGAGACACAUGCGCAAGAAUUGCUAGAGCCCACCGAGUUCCACGGGGCUCGCUAGUCUGGUUGAAUGAUGUGCAGUCGGACUGUUCGGAUUUGCGCGCUGGCCAGCCUCUAUGCAUACAAGAGUCCUGCGACCUCUGCCCGGUCUUCCGUGGUGCCACGUGUGUGGAAAUCGCACAAGCCACCGAAAUAGGGGUUGAUCAACUUUUUGCAUGGAACGAGUUCCUCAAUGAAGAUUGUACGAACCUCCUCGCAGGGGACGAAGUAUGCGUCGCAGAACCGGGCCUCAGUCCCACCCCAACAACAACAUUCAUCACAGCAACCUUGAGAGUGCGUGGCUACGCCACAGAAAUCGUUGAUCCCCCAGGGACUGUCCCAAGGGGAACGACUCCACGCUGCGGCCAGUACUACCAAGUCAAGUCGGGCGACUACUGUAACUCCAUCUCGGAUCGAUUUAGCAUAGACCUCGACCUAUUCAAGGCAAUCAACCCGUCCAUUAACGGAGAGUGCACCAACCUCGUGCCUGGCUUGUAUUAUUGUGUCUCGCCUACCGUGGACUGGAACCAAACCACCACCACCACUGUGACAUCUGCUUAUAAUACUGCCCCUGCACCAACCCCGAGCGGGACGACAUCGCAAUGCUAUGAGUGGUACGUCGUUCAAUCCGGAGAUAGCUGUAAUCGAAUCGCAUCAAUAUAUGGAAUUUCAGUUCACGAUUUAAGACUCUGGAACCCCAGCCUGAAGGAGGACUGCUCCAACCUGAGGCCUGGGCUGGCAUACUGUAUACGAGGGGAGGCUGUGACCGGGAAAUCCCCAGCUUCAAGUAUUGCAAGACCAACAUGGGAGGCUCUUCAUGGUGGGUGAGGUAUGUCAUGAGUGACAACAUGCCAUCAUAUGAAUGAAGAAGAAUAGGACGCGAUGAAUACGCCAAGUGAUGGAACCGUGAUUUCAGGGAACUAGGAGACUAGUAGCUCAAUGUGAAUACCGAUUUCUGCAUGGGGCGGAGUGAGAUUCUGCUGAUGGGCUUCGUAAACUGGGUGUCCACCCUUUGGCGUCCCUACUGUCUCGGGUGCGGUAAUACUUUGACUUUUCCAUCUGGAAU